AUGUGGCAAGGUGACUGGCGCCUGCAAGAUGACUGGACUGCCGACGACCAGCGCAGCGGACGAGGGACAGAGAGAGCAGAAGCAAGCCGAGAAGACGAACCAGAAGAAGAGGAAGAAGACGAUGGUGUUGCCGACGGGUCCGAUGCUGUGGCACAAGGGGUCGCCGCUCUGGGGCUCGGCACCUACGGCGCGCACAUGUUCCGCCCCAAGAACCCUGCGUACAAAGAGGUUUGGCACACGGCGUCCCUGUACCAUCUCGUCCACACCGCGGCGCUACUCGGAGCUCCGAUCACCAAGCGCCCCAACGUUUUUGGAGGGCUCCUCAGUGCUGGAAUCGUGCUCUUCUCUGGAACGUGCUACACUGUGGCUUAUCUUAAAGACAGGAAGUUUUCUUCACUGGCGCCACUGGGUGGCUUUGCAUUCAUUGCUGCUUGGGCCAGUCUUCUCUUAUAAUUAAAUUUUGUUUUAGCCAAUGAAAACAAUAUCUCAAUU